ACUAGGGGGGAAGCUGUCUUUCUGUUCGUUUAUCUGCUUGGUUAAUUUAACCUUACCCAACUUUACCCAUCUCACAACAGUCAAAUGAGCCGCACAGAAAAGGACUAUAGUUGAUAUAACCGUAUAACAGAAAUGGCAGAAAAUGAAAUAGACUACAACAUUGUAUUUCCAGAUGCAGUGACAUCGGAGACUCACUGGCGGGGGACAAAGGAGCCAGUUGUCAUCCUCCUGGGUUGGGCUGGCAGCAAAGACAAACACCUCUCCAAAUACAGCUCCAUCUACAACGAACAGGGGUGUGUUACGAUACGCUACACGGCCCCAUUGAAGACAGUCUUCAUAUCAGAGACUUUUGGCUACAAAGAGCUGAGUAGCAUAGCCCUCAAGCUGGUGGAACUCUUGUAUGAUUACGAAGUGGAGAACAGCCCUAUAUUCUUUCAUAUAUUCAGUAAUGGAGGAUUCAUGCUGUACCGUUACAUUGUAGAGCUUUUGCAGAGUGACAAACAGUUCAACUCUCUGCAUGUGAUUGGAGCAGUAGUGGACAGUGCUCCUGGUAGUGGAAAUGUUCGCGGGGCCCUGCGGGCACUGACAACUGUCCUGGGGCCAAACAUUAACUGGGUUCUGAGAUUCAUUCUGCUAGCCCUUUUUGCAGUGACUGUUUUCCUUCUGCGAGUGGUGAUGUACCCUGUGACAAAAUACAUCCAUAAAAACCACUAUGACACCCUGCGGGAGAAACCGGCCACCUGGCCCCAGCUCUACCUCUACUCCAGAGCUGACCAGGUAAUCAGGUACAUGGAUAUAGAGCUUAUGGUGGAGACCUUAAAACAGAAAGGGGUCCCUGUGGAUAGUUUUGACUUUGAGUCAACCAGCCACGUCAGCCAUUUCCGAGAUUUUCCAGAGCAGUACACUCAGAGGUGUCGCAGUUUUCUGGUUGCCUGCGUGAAGGACUUACAUGGUACUGAGACCAAAAAGAGGCACCCUGUUCACAAACUGUGAAACCAUUGAAAUGGGUAAAUUUAGGACACACAAUUGCAAGAUAAUGACAAAAUUUAGCCACAUUCAAGCAGCUCUGUUCAAAUUUAAACAAUUGGGUUAAAAAAAAAAGAAUUGCGUAUUUUGAUCAUAGGUCGACAAAGUAUGGCGAAGGUCUGAACCAGACCUUUGCAGUGCAAAAUUGCCUACAAAGGGAACUUUGCACUGCAUUAAGGGAAGGUCUUGGCAGUGUUUUAGUGACCUAAAGCAACUUAAGGGUCUGUUUCGAAUAUGUGCCCUUGUCCUAUAUUCAUUAACAAAUUUGUAGCUCUCUUUAUAAGGCUUAAUCCAAGUCUUUAAAAUAAAAACAGACCCAUGAUGCACUGCAUCUUUGUUGCUGUAAAAAUGUGAGGCAAAAGGUAUAACCUUACCUAUGGAUAUCCAGCCAUCCAUUUUCCAAGCUGCGUAUCCUAAAUAGGGUUGCAGGGUGCUGGAGCCCAUCCCAGUGCUCAUUGGGCAGAAGGCAGGGAAACACCCUUGGCAUGUCGCCAGUCCAUCGCAGACCUAUUUAUGUAUUUGCAAAACUAAUAUAAAACAUUGUAAGAACAAUACUUUAGUUGUACACUGGAGUUGUUAGAUUAUACAAAUUGAGCUAAUAUAGAUUUGACAAUUGCUGUGAAAUGUGAUUGAAUGUAAGCUAGUUGUUAAUCUAAAACUGAUGGCGCUGGGUACAGAAAACAAAACAGGUGUGUUUCUGAUAAAGGGAUCUCAAAUUUGUAUAGUGUAACUUUUUUAAUAAAAUAAGUGCAAUCUUAUUCUAAUAAUAGUAAACCAAUGUCAUGCACAUGUUAUUGAAUAAAUUGUUUAAUAGGAUUUAUUUCAAGAUGUGAAACGGUUGUGAAAAAUUAUUGCCUCAUGAGCACUAGCAGUUUAAGUUUUGGACCUUUUGGCUAAAGACUGGUUAACAAUACCCAGCCCUUUCAUGGAAUAGGCAAUUAAUUUAAUUUGAGGAUAAAUGUAAAUGACAAUGAAUGUACAUGUCCUGAUCAAACUAAUGUGUUCUUUUUAAAUAAUGUGCCUUCAAUAAAUGUGAAUAA